AAACUCCGCCUUAAUUUCAAUCACCUGGUUAAACUUUUUUUGCUUCAACUUAAAUUAGUUUGAUGAAAGUUCAAUUCUGUUAAAUAUGAUUAAUAUUCAUGUGUAACAAUUACAACAAUUAACCAAUUGAUUUAUUAACCUAAGGCCUAAGAUCUUAAUCAUUACUUUUCAAGGUAAUUCAUCAAACAAUCAACUAAUCAACAGGAAAUCAAUAAAAACAAAACUUUUACCAAACAGUUUAAGUAACAUUAUUAAAGUGAAACAUUUACUAAUCAUCUUUUAAUUGUUGUAAGUUUCCUGUUUUAAUUGUGUGUGUGAUUUAUUGUUACUAUUGUUAAUCAUCAAGUUCCACUAAUAAUAAUAAUUGAUAAUCUACAUUUUCUUAAUCAUCAUAAUAAUCUCAUUGAUAAAGAGUCAGUUUUGUUUCUUCAAGAGUUUUCAUUGUUUUCACAAUUGAAUUAAAUUAAUCUUCUGGUUAAUUACAAUUAGUUAAUCAUAAUAAUUAUAAUUAACAUCAUCAUCAUCUUGGUAGAUGAAGAAAUUGAUAAUUGUCUUUAUUUUUUUUUCUCAGUCUCUUAACUUUAUCAACUAAUCUGGAUGAACAAUAAGUAAAUGACUUUCUUGGGUUAAGUGAUUCUCAAUUUGAUUUAAAUUGUUUUCCAACAACAAACUGAUCAUAUUGUCAAACUCUAAUCAUCCACCAAACAAUCAACUAAUUGUGUUCAUUAUUAGAAUAUCAAUUCUAUCAGCAAAAUGGUUAACUCAAUCUUCAAGUUUUCUCCAAGAAAUUCUUAUAUCUUUUCAUCAGAAUCAUCAAAAAGUUCAUCUUACUCUGAGUUCCCAUCUUCUUGUUUCUCUCACGCAAAUCGGUCAUCAUCUUCAUCUUCAUCAUCAUCAUCAUCAUCAUCAUGUUUCUCUUACAAUUUAUAUAUUAAUUCAUUAAUUUUGUUACUAUUAAUCAAUUGCUGGUCGAUUGCUGAUGGAUUAAGAUUCCGCCGGUUAACAAGUAUCCCCGAGAUUUGUGCCAAUGUGAACGGAUUAACUGAAGACCAGCUAAUCGCUUGUCGUGAACAAUCACAGGCAGUUCUUGGAGUGUCCGAGGGGACACGUAAGGGAAUCACCGAGUGUCAACAACAAUUCAAACACGAACGUUGGAAUUGUACUCCCGACGCAAACGGCAACAUGUUCAACAAAAUACUCCAACGAGGGAGUCAAGAAACUGCGUUUUUUUAUGCAAUCACGAGCUCUGGGGUGGUUCAUACAUUGAGUAAAUCCUGUGCCAGUGGGAAUAUAACUGAUUGCGCUUGCAGUAGGCGGAUGGAGGGCACCGGCGGGUGGGAAUGGGGUGGCUGCUCUGAUAACAUUGAAUAUGCAAUGAGUUUCGCUAAGAAAUUUGUUGAUUCACCGGAAGAGCAAGUCCUCAAACGGAAACCAAAUGACCCAGAGGCAAUAAUGAAUCUGCACAAUAAUCAAGCCGGAAGAUUGGCUGUUUACCGUAAAAUGGUAACAAAAUGUCGAUGCCAUGGUAUUUCUGGUUCUUGUGAGGUGAAAACAUGUUGGCGAGUUUUACCCAAAUUCUCAGAAAUUGGAAAUGACCUGAAACAAAAGUACGAGAAAUCUGUGCGAAUGAAGCGACACACAAAGCGACGUAAAGGUCGUAAAGUUGAACAAUCGGUAAACGAAGAUGAUUUAGUUUAUAUUCGUAAAUCUCCCAAUUAUUGUAACAACGAUGCUCGAUUGGGUAUUUUGGGAACUUCGGGUCGAGUUUGUAAUAAGACCUCAAACGGGCCCGAUUCGUGUGAACACUUAUGCUGUGGAAGAGGUUAUAACAUCCAAAGGGUACUAAAAGAAGGUCUCUGUAACUGCCGAUUCCGUUGGUGUUGUGAGGUCAUUUGUGAACAAUGUCAACCCAAAGAAGAUUAUAUUUAUACCUGCAAGUAAAGUUUACCUGAGUAUCUAGAUGGCAACAGAUUAUUCUGACUUAAUUUAUUAUCACGGAUUAAUGUUCAAAUGGAACAGGAUUCCCAAUCGAUUAGAACCAAAGCAAAACGAAAAUCAAUCAAUUGACUCAAUAAUGGUUAUCGAUUUCGUCCUUUCCUGGACACUGGUAAUAUCCGAACUGUACUCAAAACAAUUAAACGACACGAUGAUUGAGAGAUACCCGAUAUCAGGAUCAAUUGUUACCUGUACACAACGACAGGUAAACGCUGUAUAUUAAAGGAUCAUCAUAUUAACUUAUCUACUAGUAUUUAAUGCAAAGACUUGUACAAAUUAAAACUUAAUUAUUCAGUUGAAAUCAUGGAAAUACAAUCAACUGGAUUGAAUCAAUUUAAUAAUAAAAAUUAUUUUCGUUAUUUGAUUUGAUCAAAUUGAGACGAAAUUGUAUCAUAAUUGAAUUAGUGGUCUAAUUAAGGAGGAGUAAAAGUGAUCAUCUGAAUGAUUGUAGUUCGGUCUGGUUGAUUUAAUUUAA